CGCCGUACUCAGAUUAUUGCAUGGUUUGCUUUUUCCGUAAAGUUUUUAAAAAAUCUGACACAGCGAUUGCAUUAAGGAGAAGUAUAUCUUUAAUUCUGUGAAUAACAGUUGUAUCUUUUAUCAAUGUUUAUUUUGAGUAUUUCUGUAAAUUGAUGUGGCUCUCUGCAAAAUCACCAGAUGUUUUGGAAGCAAAACAUUAACUGAACGUGCCAAUGUAAACUGAGAUUUUUGGAUAUAAAUAUGGACUUUAUCGAACAAAACAUAAAUGUAUUGUGUAACAUGAUGUCCUAUGAGUGUCAUCUGAUGAAGAUCAUCAAAGGUUAGUGAUAUUUCUGCUUUUUGUGACUCCUCUCUUUGGCUGGAAAAAUGGCUGUGUGUUUUUGUGACUUGGCUCUGACCUAACAUAAUCAUAUGUUGUGCUUUCACUGUAAAGCCUUUUUGAAAUCGAACAGAUGGGUAGAUUAACAAUAAGUUUCUUUCAUUUGAUGUAUUGCACUUGUUAAUGUUUGAAAGUUACAUAUUUCUAAAAAAUAUUUUUGAAUUUCACGCGCUGCCUUUUCAGCGGAAUGUUGUGAAGUUAAUCUUAAAAAAUAUUAUUGGCAGCCUUAAUACAUUUUCUUAGAUUGAAGCAUUUACUUUGAAAUACAUUUUCUAAAGGCGAAAAUUUUAGUACCAAGCCAUCCUGAAUUUAAGAUGCCUAAAAUAAUUUUGUCAUAAGAAAUGUAGGUCUAAUUGAUCUGAUAUCAUUGAUUAUCUAGACAAGUAAAAGCCUAAUUGUAUUGAAAGCCUCUCAUUUUCAGCGCCUUGGACAGCGGUUUUAGGCUACAUGGGAGUCAUUCUCUGCAGUCGCUGACUUGCUCUCAAUUUGACGGCAGCGCGUCCCUGUAAAACGUGUAGGCUGGCUACUCGACUAAUAUUUUUCAUUAUACACUGGGCUUUAUUAAAUUGAGUUAAUCAUGUAGUAAAUGAAACCCACAACAACUUGUGCUUAGCCUACAACUUCACCCAAAUACAAUAACACACGGACGUUUCCUUAGUUGCAAAUCAAAUUCCUCGAGGACAAAACAACAUAGCUCAAGUCAGAAACAACAAGUGAUUUCCCCCCGCAGGGUAUCAACCUCGGGGUAUAAUUGGGAUUAGCUAAAUACACGUCAUCCCUCUCAGACAACACACUGUGCGCCGAAGAAUAUUUUUAGACUGGAUUUAGAGAAAGAGGAGCCGGUCAAGUGUUUUCUCAAAGGAAGCACCUUUGUGUUUUAGCAAGUAGAGAGCGCGCAGCUCCGUGUAUGUCUCGACAGCUGGAACGUUCGGACAACAAAAUGUCAGCCAAUAAUGCUUUUCAAGUGGCUAAUAUUCCAUGGAUGAAUAACAAUUUUACCAUGUCGAAUAAAGACCCACCUUUCUCGGAUCAAGGGGAGACCAUUAUAGGAGUAUACCUGCUGGUGCUAGGUUGGCUGUCGUGGUUUGGCAACAGUAUUGUGAUCUUCGUCCUGUACAAGCAGCGUGCGUCGCUGCAGCCCACGGACUAUCUCACCUUUAACCUGGCCAUCUCCGAUGCCAGUAUUUCCGUCUUCGGCUACUCACGGGGGAUCCUGGAGAUCUUCAAUGUGUUCCGGGACAACGGAUACUUGGUUACCUCGAUCUGGACAUGUCAGGUGGACGGCUUCUUCACCUUGGUCUUCGGCCUCAGCAGCAUCAAUACUUUGACUGUCAUCAGUGUCACAAGAUACAUCAAGGGAUGCCAUCCGAGUAAAGCUCACUGCAUAACCAACACAACCAUAGGCAUGUGCCUAAUAUUCAUCUGGUUGGGGGCUGUGUUCUGGUCGGGAGCGCCCCUUCUGGGCUGGGGGAGUUACACAGAUCGCGGUUAUGGAACGUGUGAAAUCGACUGGGCCAAAGCCAACUACUCCACCGUCUACAAGUCCUACAUCAUCUCCAUCCUCAUCUUCUGCUUCUUCGUCCCCGUGCUGGUCAUGCUCUUCACCUACGUGUCCAUCAUCAACACAGUGAAGAGAGGCAACGCCAUGGCCGCUGAGGGAGACCUGACCGAAAGGCAGAGAAAGAUUGAAAGGGACGUCACUAUUGUAUCCAUUGUCAUCUGCACAGCAUUCAUCCUGGCGUGGUCGCCGUACGCUGUGGUCUCCAUGUGGUCGGCCUGUGGCUUCCACAUACCCAGCCUCACCAGCAUCUUCACCCGCCUCUUUGCCAAGUCGGCCAGCUUCUACAACCCGCUCAUCUACUUCGGCCUCAGCUCCAAGUUCCGCAAGGACGUCGCCGUCUUGCUGCCCUGCACUGGUGAUGGCAAGGACACGGUCAAGCUCAAGCGUUUUAAGCCGAAAGGCGAUGCUCACCAGGGCUCUGGAAGAGGCAACGGACUCAAAGCACCUCCUCAUCACCCGAAGGAGAUGAAGUAUGUCCCUGGCAAUCCGUAUCCGCUCACGGCGAUUAAGGCGUCCUCAAGCCCAGAUUCGGGAGUGGGGAGCCACCCCUGUACUCCUCCUCCUCCCGCCAACAAGGAGAUGUUCUUUAUCGAAGUGCCCCAUCUGUCUGAUGGGCCAGAGUGGGAAUGCGACAGACUCUAAGAACAAUACGUUUGUUUUUUUUGUGUUACUUUUUUAUUUAAAAACACAUGGGAAUGUACUUACACAAAUCAAAUUUGACUUUGAUUCGUGUAAGUAUGUACACCUGUUGAUGCAAUUUGUUAUUUUCUUAAAUAAUUGUGUUUAUACUUGUGAAUAAAACUUUCUAUUCAAAGG